GUCGUUUACUUCGAAGAGCAAAAAUGGUUGAACUGUCAAAAGAUGAGUACGAUUUAGAGCAAAUUAGAUUAAUGGAAGAGAGAUGUAUACUUUUAGAUGAGAAUGAUAACGUUAUGGGCGAUGUAUCAAAAAAGGACUGUCAUCUUAUGGAUAAUAUCAAUAAAGGAAUGCUGCAUAGAGCAUUCUCUACUUUCCUGUUUAGACCAUCCGAUGGUAGAUUACUCCUCCAAAAGAGAUCAAAGGAGAAGAUUACUUUCCCAGAUUUAUGGACAAACACCUGCUGCAGUCACCCAUUAGCUAUUAAGUCAGAAUUAGACGGUAUACCAGGUGCAAAGAACGCGGCAAUUAGAAAGUUAGAGCAUGAAUUAGGUAUAAAAGGUUUAAAACCUGAUCAAUUCGAUUAUUUAACUAGAAUACAUUAUUUAGCUCCAUCUGAUAGCUUAUGGGGUGAACACGAAAUAGACUAUAUCUUAUUCAUCAAGGCGGAUGUUGAAUUGGAUAUCAACCCAAAUGAAAUUUCUGAAUCUAGAUACGUCAAUCAACAGGAGUUGAAGGAUAUGAUGAACGAUAAGGACCAGUAUAAGUUGACGCCUUGGUUCGAGUUAAUUGGAGAUGAGUUGUUGUUUAAAUGGUGGGAUCAAUUGCUCAAGGGAGAGAAACUCGUUCAAGAUGACAAGUUAUAUAGAAUGAUUUAAGUAAUUAGUUAUAUCAUCAUUUAAUACCUUUGUUUGCUCUAUUGUCUUCAUAUAUUCAUCGUUAAAAUUUUCGGUUAAGAUGUCUGUUGACUGGGGUAGAUGGUCUAUUAGUACUCGCAAUUGAUUGAAUUGUUUUAAUAAAUCGACUGAUAGUUCAACUAGAUUGCUAUCGACAUCAUUUGAGCCGACGUUUGAAGUUGCAGAUAAAGCACCAAUAGACUUGAACUUUGAUUGCUUUAAAAUGAAAUUAAAAGUAGAAUACAUUAUUAUAAUCAAGUUCUCAACCUUUAUUUGUAUUUGCGUCAGUCUAUCCAUCUUCCUUGUCGACCUUGAUGACCGUUUU